AUGCCGCCUCCGCCGUCCGCCCUCACCGCCUCCGCCGCGGCGUCCUCCUUCCUCCGCUCGCUGCCUCCUCCGAACCUCCCCGCCCACGCCACCCUCCGACCAAACCCAACCCUCAGACGCUCAGCAGGCCACUCCCGCGUGGUCGCGCGGGCCUCUGCGUCCGGCGCCGCCGGCGCCGAGGCCGAGACGGUGUUCUUCGACGGCGGCGCGCACUACGGCGACCUGGCGGCGAACCUCGUCCUCGGCCUGACCCUGCUGUGGUUGCCGCUGACCCUCGCCUCCGUGUCCCGCGCGCUCCUCCUCCGGUACCGCUUCACCUCCCGCCGCGUGACCGUCAUCUCCGGGCUCUCCGGCGACGACCGCACGGACUUCCCCUACUCGUCGGUGAGGGAGGUGGUGGUCGUGCCGCGGUUCAUCGGCGAGUGGGGCGACAUCGUCAUCACGCUCAAGGACGGCACCAAGGUCGACCUCCGGAGCGUGCCCAGGUUCCGCGAGGUCGCCGACUACUGCCGCAAAAUGGCCGCCGCCGAGGGCGGGCUCGUGGCCCGGUGA